CUUCUCUCUCUCCCCUUCUCUCUCUGUCCCUCCCUCCCUCUCUGUGUGUCUCUCGCUGUGUGGGCAGCAGAGUGUGCGCUGGGCUGUGUUGGAGGUUUGUGCCGCUCCGUACUGCCUGUGUUUUACGUGUGAUCCUGGUAUCUGUGUGUGAUCCUCUCACUCUGCAGGCAGUUCCUCAUUGCCCGUCCCCAUGGCCACACGCUGACCCCCAGCACAAGUUUGCCCGACACAGACAGAUCAGCUCAGCUCAGCCCAGCGGAUGGCUUCCACUUGCAAGGGCACGAAGCCCAAAGUCGGGGGCGUUCGCUUCAGGCCCGAGAGUCACGAGGGGCCAGCCAACCAUGUUCACUUUGAAGAAAAGCUGCACGACUCCGUUGUCAUGGUGACCCAAGAGGAAGACGGGAGUUUUUUAGUGAAGGUGGGGUUCUUGAAGAUUAGCCACAAAUAUGAGAUUAUGUUCCUGCUGCCGACGUCACAGAACUUGGGUCAGGGCUCCUGCUGCACCCCACUGCCCAGCCACUACUUGAAGGUGGUCGAGAUCACCCCAGUGCCAGAAGGCCACCGGAUGAAGUGCGAGUACACGGCACACAAGGAGGGGGUAAUCAGAGAGGAAAUGUUGAUCGCCAGCGAACUCGAAGACAGCGCCUCGGUGAAAGUGACGUUGCAGGCCAGAGUCCUGGAUCGUCUGCAUGGGACCCCCAUGCUACUGGAAGGGGUCAAAUGCAUCGGCUCCGAACCAGAGUACGACUCCGAGCAAAGUGACUGGCAGGGCUUCGAUUAGACGUCACUACAUCUCUACACUGCCUUCAGCCUCAGUGGCCACCUCCCAAUGUCACACUCGCUAAGCUGUGAAAUCCUUUUUUUUCUUCCCUCUUUCCAUUUCCCCAUUCUAUCCCUUUUUCUCUCACUCUUUCCUUCAUUCCACCUUCCUCUUUUUCUCUCUUUCUCACUCUCUCUCUCCCUCUCUUUCCCUCUAAUGUUCUUUGCCUUUCUCUCAUUCACUAUUUAUUUCACUCUCUCUAUUUCCUCUCAUUUUUUUCCUUUCUUUUUCUUUUCACACUUUCUGUUCUUUCUCUAUUUUCACUCGAUUUCUUUUGCUCCCUUUUUUCACUUUCAGUUCUUUAUUUUCAUUGGAUUGCUUUCUCUAUUUCAUUCACUAUUUAUUUUCUCUCUUUUCAUUUUCUCUCUGUAGUUCUUUCUCUCUUUCUCUAUUUCAUUCACUCUUCCUGUUCUUUAUUUUCACUCGUUUUCUGUCACUAUUCCCUUUUCUCUUAAUUUCUAUCACUCUUUUUUCAUUCUUUCUGUUCUUCCUCUAUUUUCACUAUCGAUUUCUCUCUUUUUCUUUCACUUUUUCUCUCUUUAUUUUUUUUACUAUUUCUCUAUUUUCACACAAUUUUUCUCUCUAUUUCACUUUCUUCAUUUCUAUCACUUUUUUUACUCUUCUGUUCUUUUUAUUUUCGCUCUCACUUUCAAUUCUGUUCCCUUUUUAUUUCUUCCUCUCUUUAUAUUUCUUUUUCUCUAUUUUCACUUGAUUUAUUUCUUCCUUUCACUCUCUCUCUCUCGCACUCGCUCUCCCUCUGUCUGUCUCUCUCUCUCUACCUCUCUCGUCUCUCUACCUCUCUCUCUCCAUAUAUAUAUUUUGUAAUUUGAUAUUCCGCUUGUAAUGUAAUUUCCCCCUUGAGCAUUCAAUAUAUGUGAAUGCAAAUGCAAUUAAGCGUUGCCUAUGAGAAGUAUAAUGGGAGCAUAAUGUCGGAUGCACUGGGGAUUAUAUGCAUUGAUUGUUCAGUGAAGUACAAUGCAGAAUGUGUUUAUUUUGUGAAAUAAAUGAAAUACAUUGUUAA